CUCUGUACAGGUGCGAGUUUAGUUGAGUUUGUUUGUUUGAGAGAGCUGAUUUUGAGGUGCUAAAAAUUUAUAACCAACCCAACUCGAGUUAUUAUAUUACGCUCAGUUCUACAUCAUUCUUCCAUUAAGAUAGUCGGAAAUACAUCAAAGUCGAUUUAAACCAAUUAAUUAAACAAAAGUAAGGUAAGCCAUGGGGGCCAUGUUUCGCAGUGAAGAGAUGGCUUUAGCCCAACUCUUCAUCCAACCAGAAGCUGCUUACCAAUCCAUCUCCGAAUUAGGCGAAACCGGGACUGUUCAAUUUCGAGAUUUAAACGAGGAAGUGAGUGCUUUCCAAAGGAAAUUCGUCGGGGAGGUUCGUCGUUGCGACGAAAUGGAGCGGAAACUUCGCUACAUUGAGGCAGAAGUGCGCAAAGACGAUGUCCCAAUCCCAGACGUCAAAGAGCUACCAAAAGCUCCAAACCCCCGAGAAAUAAUUGACUUGGAAGCGCAUUUAGAGAAGACAGAAGGUGAUAUUCGCGAGUUAAGCGAAAGCGCGGUCAAAUUAAAAUCGAAUUACUUGGAAUUGGCCGAAUAUAAGCACGUUUUGGAGAAAACCCAAUCAUUUUUCAUCGAACAAGAAGAAGCCAAUGGCAUGGACACAGCUCACAAAUCAUUAAUCCCAGAAGACAACCAAGGGGCUACAUCUCGAGGUCGAUUAGGAUUCGUAGCUGGAGUAGUUAAUCGCGAAAGAGUACCAGCUUUUGAAAGAAUGUUGUGGAGAAUUUCCAGAGGGAACGUUUUUUUGAGACAAGCCGAGAUUGAGAAAGCUCUGGAAGACCCAGCGACCGGAAAUGAAAUCAAAAAAACCGUUUUUGUCGCUUUCUUUCAAGGGGAGCAACUAAAAAGUCGUAUUACUAAAGUUUGUGCUGGAUUUCAUGCCUCUAUAUAUCAAUGUCCAAGUUCCAGUGGGGAACGAAACGAGACUUUGCAGAACGUUAAGACGCAAAUUGAGGAUUUAAAUUUGGUUCUGAAUCAAACUGCGGAUCAUCGCAAUCGAGUUUUGGUCACGGUGGCUAAAGAUUUGCAAAAUUGGAGCAUCAUGGUGAGGAAAAUGAAGGCGAUUUAUCAUACGUUGAAUAUGUUCAAUAUGGAUGUUACUAAGAAGUGUUUAAUUGGGGAAUGUUGGGUUCCUGUUCAUGAUAUUCCCAUUGUGCAGAAAGCCCUUCAAGAUGGAUCUAGCGCCGGGGGAAGCUCCAUCGCCUCAUUUUUAAACGUAAUCGACACAAAUGAGCAACCACCAACAUUUAACCGCACGAAUAAAUUCACCAGAGGAUUCCAGAACUUAAUCGAUUCUUAUGGAGUUGCAUCUUACAGAGAAGUUAAUCCAGCUUUAUAUACAAUAAUAACUUUCCCAUUUCUUUUCGCAAUUAUGUUCGGCGACGUCGGGCAUGGUUUUAUCUUAUUCCUCUUCGGAUUAUACAUGGUCUUGUACGAAAAGAGACACAUGGGGGCGAAAAGUUCGAGCGAAAUUUGGAACAUCUUCUUCGCAGGUCGUUAUAUCAUCGUUUUGAUGGGGUUAUUCUCGAUUUACACCGGAAUUAUGUACAAUGAUAUAUUCUCGCGUACCAUGAAUAUUUUUGGAUCAAGUUGGAGGGUAAAUACGAAUUUUUCAACGCUAAACGAAAGCGAAGAGAUCCAAUUAAACCCAACGUACGAUUACACCGGAACUCCUUACUUCUUCGGUGUGGACCCAGCUUGGAUGUUGGCCAAAAACAAAAUCAUCUUUUUGAACUCGUACAAAAUGAAAUUAUCGAUUAUCUUUGGAGUUUUCCACAUGAUGUUUGGAGUUUGUAUGAGUGUUGUUAAUUUUGCGCAUUUUCGUAAGAUGGAAAAUUUCUUCUUCAUGUUUUUGCCACAAAUUAUCUUCUUGAUGCUGCUAUUUUUAUGGAUGGUUGUUAUGAUGUUCUUGAAAUGGAUCCUUUAUGACGCAAAUUAUACCACCGAAACGCAAUUUGGGUCAAGUUGUGCACCCUCAGUUCUAAUCUUAUUCAUCAAUAUGAUGCUGUUUAAAGCUGAUGACCCAGAACCUGGGUGUAAAGAGUUCAUGUUCGAGGGCCAAGACACUCUGCAGAUGGUUUUCGUGAUAAUCGCCGUCCUCUGCAUCCCUGUCAUGCUAUUAGGGAAGCCAAUUUACGUCAUGAUGAAAAGGAACAACAAGGGGAAACACGUAAGAGGAUACGAAAUUAUGAACGGAGAUGUUAACCAAGGCAUCGAACUCCAACCAGAAACCACAUUAGAAGAAGCUAAACCCACUCAUUCAGGCCACAAAGAAGGAGGAGGUCAUGGUGGCCACAACGAAGACGAUGAACCCAUAGGGGACAUCUUCAUCCAUCAAGCCAUCCAUACCAUAGAAUAUGUAUUGAGCACUGUGUCCCAUACAGCUUCUUAUCUCCGUUUAUGGGCUUUAUCUUUAGCUCACGCACAGUUAUCUGAAGUGUUGUGGAACAUGGUGCUUCAAAUGGGAUUAGCCAUAUCGACUUAUGUUGGAGGAGUUGUGCUUUUCUUCAUUUUUGGGGCUUGGGCCGUCUUAACGGUGGCUAUUUUGGUGAUGAUGGAGGGGUUGAGUGCCUUUUUGCACACUCUUCGUUUGCACUGGGUCGAGUUCAUGAGCAAAUUCUACGAGGGUCUGGGAUAUCCCUUUCAGCCGUUCAGUUUCAAGUUGAUUAUGGAGGAAGAUUCGGAACCCGCGGAUUAAAACUCCAAGAGAUGCCUUAAUAUCGUAGUAAAUAAAAUAGUUUAUAGUUGUUGAUGAAAAAAAUGAAUUAAAUAGAAAUUUAUUUGCAAUACGAAA